AUGGGCACUCCACCACCCUCAAGUGUGAUUGAUGUGGCUUCGACGGAUGUCGAAACCGCGAGAGGUACCAGCAGCCAUGUGGGAAUGCAGAGCGGCGAUGUCGCCGAUGUCGAUUACUCGGCAUUCACGAUUAGCCAGCGACGGUUUAUCGUUUUCAUGGCGUCGUGGGCUGGUUUCUUCUCGCCUGUUUCUUCGCAGAUCUACUUCCCAGCUCUGAACACACUGGCUCAAGAUCUUCAUGUCUCGAACUCGCUGAUCAACCUGACUCUCACAAGUUAUAUGAUUUUCCAAGGCCUGUCGCCUAUGUUCAUUGGGGACUUUGCCGACAAAGCUGGAAGACGGCCUGCGUAUAUCGUGUGUUUUACCAUCUAUAUCGCCGCCAACAUCGGGCUAGCCCUGCAGAAUAACUAUGCAGCCCUUUUCGUCCUGCGAUGUCUUCAGAGUGCAGGAAGUAGUACUACGAUUGCCCUAUCGUCGGGAGUCGUUUCCGAUGUGGCCACCGCGUCUGAACGUGGAUCCUACAUGGGCUUCGUUACGGCGGGUUCCCUCUUAGGACCGUCGGUUGGCCCGGUCAUUGGGGGUCUGCUCUCGCAGUAUCUCGGCUGGCGGGCCAUCUUUUGGUUCCUCGUGGUUUUCUCGGGUGCUUUCAUGAUUCCAUUCUUGGUUUUCUUCCCAGAGACUGCACGAGGUGUCGUUGGUGAUGGUUCACUGCCUCCCCAAAAGUGGAAUAUGUCUUUGAUGAAUUAUCUCAAAUCCCGGAAAGCUCGUGAAGAGGGCACCGAAGCUCCCGUCAGCCCAUCCACACAGAAACUACGAUUUCCCAACCCUUUCCAAACACUGGCUAUUGUUGCUCAAAAGGAUACCAGCAUUGUCCUCUUCUGUAAUGCCAUUCUUUUCGCUGGUUUCUACGAUGUCAGUGCCACGAUCCCUUCAAUUUUCAACGAGCUAUACGGUCUGGACGAUCUCCAAAUUGGAUUGUGCUAUAUUCCAUUCGGACUUGGGGCCUCCAUCGCGUCCAUCCUGAACGGAAAGUUCUUGGAUUACAACUACCGCCGCAUAGCGAAGCAAAUGGGAUUUCCUCUUGCCAAGAAUCGCCAUACGGAUCUGAGGAAUUUUCCAAUUGAGAAAGCUCGCCUCCAGCUUGCCUUCCCGAUGCUUACCAUUGGAAGUCUCUCCAUUCUGGCUUUUGGCUGGUGCUUGAACUUCGGGGUUCACCUGGCUGCCCCGACCACCAUUCUGUUUCUGAUGGGCCUUACCCUGACUGGGGCUUUCAACACUAUCAGCACCAUUCUUGUAGACUUUUAUCCGACACAGGCGGCUAAAGCCACAGCGGCCAACAAUAUUGUGCGAUGCUUGCUCGGAGCUGGCGCAACGGCUCUGAUUGAUCCUAUGCUCGCAGCCAUGGGUCGUGGCUGGUGCUUUACUUUCGUGUCCCUGGUGAUGUUGGCCACAUCUCCGUUGCUUCUACUAGUCAUCUACAAGGGGCCCAAAUGGCGCGAAGAGCGCCGCCUGAAGGAGGAGGCUAAGAAGCUCGAAACAGCGACGAGCCCUACGAGCGAGAAGUGA